GUUCGUUUCCGUAUAACAUUUAUUCCAUCAGGUGACCAAAUAUCGAAAUGUCGCCAUUACGUGUUUGCUUAUUCGCGCUCCUCGUCCUCGGCGUCGUAGGAUCCAAUGCUUCCUCAAACAUUGAUUGCAGUAAGAAGGUAAAAGAUGGCUCUGAUUGUGCUAAUCUGUCAUUCGCUGAGGAAGUUUUGAAAAAAAUAGAUAAAAUUGCGGAAAAAAAAAUGGGAAUGGUGAAUCAACUUUUGGACAAAUUCAAUCCAAAAAAGAAGAAUACAUGUUUGGGUGAUUUUCUAAAUAAGCACAAGGACAAAUUCAGACUAAUUUUUCCAGGAACGAAAUGGUGCGGCGAUGGAGAUAUAGCAAAAAGCGAAGAUGAUUUAGGCCAUUUCAUUAAAUUGGAUAUUUGUUGCCGGGGACACGAUCUUUGUCGCAAUGAUAUUGCGGCCGGAGAAAAAAUGAAAAAUCUCUACAACACCGGUAUUUUCACGAGAUCUGCUUGUUCUUGCGAUGCAGAAUUCUAUAACUGCCUGAAAAAAGGAGGCAACUCGCUCUGCGACUUUGUUGGAAAAACGUAUUUCAAUAUAUUGCAACCGCAAUGCUUCAAAUGUGUAUGCCCGGAAAAUUGCAAAGAGGAUGAAAAGGACUGCAUGGACAACUGCGAGAGAUAUGAAUGGGACAAAAUUCACAAAUACUGAUUUUCCAAUAUCAGAUCAACUCUGGAGAAGGGUCUUUAUAUUUGAUUCUGGAUAAAGUCAUAUAUGGAACCGCUUUUACGGAUUCAGCCUACAAUGGAUGCACCUACAAUUGUUGGACUUUCGCUUUUAACGUUCUUAAUACGCUUUUAAUAACCUUAAUCUUUAUUGGCGACUUUAAGUUCUUGAAAAUUUGCAAUUUCAUGUAACUAAUGACGGUUAUAUUGUCAUUUUAACAGCCAAUACAAAAUCUUAAUUUUCGAGUUGAAAUCGUCGAGAAUAAACUUCAAAAUUAGAAUUAAUUAUUACUCUCAGAGAGGCUAUUAAUAUA